GAUGGCGUGAAUCGCGGUGCGGAGAGCUUCUAUCGCCAUCUCCCUUUGAAAAAUAUGAGAUGUGACCUGGAUCCUUCGCGGAUAGCGGUCUGGUGGUCCACGAAACACGUAGGCUCCGAAUCUAUUUCCUCUUUUUCUUUCCUGAGUCGGUUUUCUUUCUGGUAG